AGAGAGAGAGCGAAAGGAGGGAAUAAUAGAGAUGAAACCUGCCUAGCAACACACACAUAUUCUGAUCCUGCAGAUAAACAUGAUUUUUUAUAUGAAUUUAUGAAUGAAUAAUGUCAUGAAACAGCUGAUUGGUGUUUUUAGAAGAUCAAAGAGGACGAGAUUAAAUACAAAUCCAUCAUCACGUACACAUGACGUCACUUACUCUGCCAGGUGGCAUUCCUAAAGAGAGAGAGACACACACACACACACACACACAGGAGCAGAGCAGGAGGACCACAGAGGAGGAGCAGGGGAGGACUCAGUCAGUCUGUCUCGUGGAUUGGACCAGUCCGGAUUUAUCCGGAGAGGGAUCAUGUGGUCCCCGCAGGUCACGUGGUCCCGCAGACAGUCCUGUUACCUGUGCGACCUGCCACGGAUGUCCUGGGCCAUGAUCUGGGACUUCACGGAACCGGUCUGCCGGGGCUGCGUCAACUACGAGGGCGCGGACCGGGUCGAGGUCGUCAUCGAGACCGCAAGGGACCUGAAGCGUGCUCACGGAGGACCUCCUGCACCUGGACCUCCUGUACCUGGACCUCCUCAGAUAGCCGCGAUAAAGACUGUCAAAGACCCGGACGCACCCGGGAAAUCUCAGUUCAGCACCGAUCGGAUCUCUGCGGCCCGUUUAGACCACAUACGGACUAACGGACCGACCGGGGUCAGACCGGAGGACGGACCGCCGGACCUGAACCCUCAGAGCCCGACCUCCAGGACCCGAGGCGGCGCGGGGCUGGUACCGAAUCCGGGCCAGACGCCGCAGGAUCGGGACGUCAAGGACGUCAAGGACCUGAAAGACCGACAGCGAAAUUCGGAGGUACUGGUCGAGCUCACUGAGAGUCUCCGGAACCGUCACGAGGACUGGACCCAGCGGCCUCAGCCGGUCAGGGACACUCUGCUGACCCUGUGCGCGUGCACGCCGUUCGAUGUCCGGUUUAAGAAGGAGCACGCGCUGCUUGGGCGCGUGCUAGCCUUCGACGCGGUUUCUAAACCGGGACCGGAGCACGAACUGAAGAUCUACAUCGAGUACCCAAGCGGGUCCGGGACCGUGUUCUCCAGCGCGUCUGGGGCGGCCCGCCAGAUGUACCAGGACUGUCUGAAGGACCCCGGCCGGGGUCUUUCGUCCGGCUUCAAGUACCUGGAGUACCAGCGGAGACCCGGGGGCUGCGCUGACUGGAGGCUGCUGGGAGACCUGCUCCCGGAGUCUUUGCGGUUCUUUAAGGAUGAGGUGGAUCAGGACCUUCUCCCUCAGCCUCACGCGGAUCGCAGCCUGCCUCCCCUACCCCCUCUCUCCCUGCUCCCGGGCCGGGGGGGGUCCGGGUCCAGGACCGGGGGGAGGAAGAGGAGGACUCCGGAGCCGGACUGUGAGGACCACAGACAGACCUGGUCCAACUGUCAAACCUCCACCGCAGACUCCUCCGCGCUCCCGCUCAGCGGACACUCUCCUGUGAACGCGCGCAUGUCGGCAGCGGACACGCUUGUGAACGCGCACUCCCCUAACAAAGUCCGGGACUCCUCCCCUCCCUCCGGCUCCGGACAGAGACGGAUCGGGGACCUGGGUCAGUCACGGUCCGCGGAAGCUGCGGAUGAGGCGCAUGCGCAGACAGUGUCGGAGUCCCCGGUGGCGAGCAGCGGGCCUCUAAGCUGCAGCGCGUGCACGGAGCGGCUCGAGGACACGCACUUCGUCCAGUGUCCUUCGGUCCCGGGUCACAAGUUCUGCUUCCCGUGCUCCAGAGACCACAUCAAGGGCCAGGGGGGGACCGAGGGCGGGGUCGGGGGGGAGGUUUACUGCCCCUCAGGUGACAGGUGUCCUCUGCUGGGCUCGCACGUGCCUUGGGCUUUCAUGCAGGGCGAGAUCAACACCAUCCUGGGGGGGGAGGAGGAGGUUAGGGUGAAGAGGGAGAGAGACACCUGAGGGGGAGGGGGUGGGGGUGGGGUUGCUGGUGUCUGCUGCUAAUCCUCAGUCUGUCAGUGGAGAUGAUGUUAAAUCAGCUGAUGAUUAUUGAUUCUUGUCUCAGUGUGAUUCUGAUUCACUGAGCUGAGCGUAACUCUGAAGAGAUUGAGACACUAAAAGUGCUCUGUGCAGUUGUCGUCAUAGUAACGGUUCCAGAUUGUCGCCACACAUGUGGAUGAUGUGUGGAGAUGCUGACAGCCCCGGACUGAUUGAUCCCCUUGUUAUAUUAGUAAUAGUCAUGUUUACAGAGCUUUUAUUUUGAAGUCCUACAGAGGUGUAACUGUUUCCUGAUCGUCUCUUAUGAAUAAAUAAUUUCUCUGUUUCAGAUUAGACGUGUUCACUCUGACAGAGACGCUGAGUCAGCUCAGCUGUUUGUUAACACUUCAGUUUACAUGAGUCAGCAUUCAAGUCUCCAGAGAGAAACAGAAAAUAAUGAAGAUGAUCAGUUAUGUUUAAAGAUGCAGACACAUCGGAUCAAAGGUUAAACUUUGACAUGAAAUCUGCUUUGAGACCAAACUGUUUAUGAUCGGAUCCAAAUGCGAAGAAUUAAAUCCUCCAUCGUCACUGAACUCCGCACUGACAGGUCAAAGGUCAUCAGCUGCAGAAAAGGCAGGCAAGGAGGGUGGAGACAUGAAGAUGUUCAUGUUUAGACACACAGUGGGAGUGUUUGUGUGAAGGAGGUGAUGAAGCUGAAGGAGCUGACAGAGGAGGUGAGGGAGCUGAAGGAGGUGAAGGAGGAGGUGACAGAGGAGCUGACGGAGGUGACAGGAGGUGACAGAGGAGCUGACGGAAGUGAAGGAGG